UUAAAAUUAAAAUAUAGUUUUAGAGAUAUAUUUUAAAAUUAUAUACUAUAGUUUUAAAAUUAACAAAAUUAGAUAUUAUUAAUGUUGGUUUUAUAUAUUUAAUAAAAAUUUACAGAAUAUAUAGCAUGAGAUAUUCAGAUUGCAAUACAGAUUCCAGGCCACUGCAUUGUUCAAUGGUUAGACCAUCAAUGGAUAGACCACCAUCUUAUAAUGAAGCUUGUAGUGCACCUCCUCUUUAUGAAACUCCUUUCAAUAAAAUUUCUAUGCUUGAAGCAUCACCAGUUUAUCCAGAAACUUCGAAGGUAUCUCAACAAAUAUCAAAUAUUACGAACGAUCAAACAAAUCUGAUUACGAUUCAUAUUUAAUAUUUAUAAAUGUAUUGUUUCUCAUAUCUAUUUUGAUUUAAAUUAAUGAAAAAAAUAAACUUGAUAAUUAAAAAAUUGAUAAAAAAAAUGAAGUAAAUAA